UCGCGAGAUCGGCGGGGCCGGUGUCAUGGCGGCGGCGGCGGCGACGGCGGCGGCGGAGGAGCUGGAGGUGGACAUCGAAGGCGACCCGGCGGCGGCGCCCGGAGAGGUGGCGGCGGUGGGAAAUCAUGAAAACACAGCUUCAAACUUGCUGCAGGAUCACUAUCUUGAUUCAUCUUGGAGAACUGAUAAUAGUCUUCCGUGGACGUUGGACAGCAGCAUUAGCGAAGAAAACAGGGCUGUCAUUGAGAAAAUGUUGCUGGAAGAAGAAUACUAUUUAUCUAAUAAAUCACUUUCUGAAAAAAUAUGGCUGAAUCAAAAGGAAGCAGAGAAAAGAUCUAUGAAAAGCCCACAUAAGAAAACUGGAAAAGUCAUGGUGCGAUCACCUACAAAAUCAGCUAGCUACUCAUUAAAGUGGACAUCAGAAGAAAAGGAACUGUUUGAACAGGGGCUAGUGAAAUUUGGCCGUCGGUGGACGAAAAUUGCCAAGUUGAUUGGAAGUCGUACUGUUCUACAAGUAAAGAGCUAUGCUCGGCAGUAUUUUAAGAACAAGGCAAAAACUGAUGACUCUGAAAAAGAAGAGCGAGGUCAGUGUGGUAGCAGUCUUCCCAUUGAAGAUGGGAUAAGGGUAGAAGCGUGGUCGUCUGGAAACUUGAGAGGCCGUGCGGACCCCAAUCUGAAUGCAGUGAAAAUUGAAAAGCUGUCCGAUGAUGAAGAAGUAGACAUAACUGAUGAUGUGGAUGAACUACUUUCUCCUACCUUCCAGCAAGAAACUGUAAAAUCUGAAUUAUCUGUUAUUUCAAAAAGUCCAGUUGAAGAAAUGAAAGGAAUGGAACGUGUUCUUUCAUCUGUUGGGCACGCUUCUGCAAUUUCUUUACCUAAAGAAGGUCCUCAACACACCAAGCAAGAUACAGUGGAUGCGUUAGUAUUUCCAGGUGUUGCAGCAACAUGUUCUCAGCACCUGAAUGGUGAUAAAUCAGUGAAUUUAAAUUACCGGCAAUACAAUAAUUUUAUUGAGAAAGCUGAACAAGGCAGACUAGUAACAUCUCAUGGCACUGGACGAGUGACUGAUCAGGAGCUUAAUGAGGAACAGAGAGACCUGGCUGAUAAUGGAUUGCUUUUUCCCUCUCCCUGCCAAGUGGAUGGAGAUCAUCAGGAAGAAGCGGAGGAGCUUAAACCUCCUGAUCAAGAAGUGGAGGUUGACAGAAGCAUCAUUCUGGAAGAAGAAAAGCAAGCUAUUCCCGAAUUUUUUGAAGGACGCCAGGCCAAAACACCAGAGCGUUAUUUGAAAAUUAGGAAUUAUAUUUUGGAUCAAUGGGAGAGGUGUAAACCCAAAUACCUGAAUAAGACUUCAGUACGUCCAGGCCUUAAGAACUGCGGUGAUGUUAACUGCAUUGGACGGAUCCACACAUACUUGGAAUUAAUAGGAGCGAUUAACUUUGGCUGUGAACAGGCUGUCUAUAACCGACCCCAACUAGCUGAUAAAACGCGGUCCAAAGAGGGGAAAGACACAGUGGAAGCGUACCAGCUCGCUCAGCGCUUGCAGUCCAUGCGCACAAGACGACGGCGAGUGCGAGACCCUUGGGGAAACUGGUGUGAUGCAAAGGAUUUGGAAGGACAGACAUUUGAGCAUCUCUCUGCUGAAGAAUUAGCAAGAAGAAGAGAGGAAGAAAAACUGAAACCUGCAAAAUCUUCUAAAGGUUCCAGACAAAUAAAAAGUUCCUUUGAUCCCUUUCAGCUGAUACCGUGCUGUUUAUUCACUGAAGAGAAACAGGUAUGUACCUAUGAGAGAAUAAUCAAGAAUACUUUAUUACUUGUGCUACUUUUCUUAUACUCAUUGUUGUGUUUAUCAUUUCAGGAACCUUUCCAGGUGAAAGUGUCUUCUGAAGCACUUCUAAUAAUGGAUUUGCACUCUCACGUGUCCAUGGCAGAAGUAAUUGGGCUGCUAGGUGGAAGAUACUCUGAAGCUGAUAAAAUUGUAGAAGUUUGUGCAGCAGAGCCGUGCAAUAGCCUCAGUACAGGGCUGCAGUGCGAGAUGGAUCCGGUAUCACAGACGCAGGCCUCGGAAACGCUGGCUGCCAGAGGAUACAGUGUUAUUGGGUGGUACCAUUCCCACCCGGCCUUCGACCCCAACCCCUCAAUACGGGACAUUGACACUCAGGCUAAAUACCAGAGUUAUUUCUCCCGGGGUGGUGCCAUGUUCAUUGGAAUGAUUAUAAGUCCUUACAACCGCAAUAAUCCUCUUCCAUAUUCUCAGAUUACUUGUCUAGUAAUCAGCGAUGAGAUCAGUUCUGAUGGUUCCUACCGCCUGCCCUACAAAUUUGAAGUGCAGCAGAUGAUGGAGGAACCUCAGUGGGAAUUAAUAUUUGAAAAAACAAGGUGGAUAAUUGAAAAAUACCGAUUCUGCCAUAGCAGUGUCCCCAUGGAUAAAAUUUUUCACAGAGAUUCUGACCUGACUUGUUUGCAGAAACUUUUGGAGUGCAUGAGGAAGACUUUGGGCAAGGUAACAAACUGCUUCAUUGCUGAAGAGUUCUUGACUCAGAUCGAAAACUUAUUCCUCUCCACAUACAAGAGUGAGAAAAAGAGUAAUGCCGAAGAAAAUGAGAACGAACAAUCAAAUGAAUCGCCGGUGUGAUGGCUUUAACAAAACUAAAUUAUGGAAUUUUGAUUUUAUUUUUUUAAUUUUCUUCACCUCCUCCCCAUUAUGUCAACUCUUUCAGAAUUAUUAUCCAUUUUAAUAGAACUGUUACAGAAUCCGGUGUCAUCUUAUUGUCAUGAAACGGGAAUCUGAAAAAUUUGUGAUGUGCGUGACUUGACUACACGAGAAACACUUAAUACUAACAUUUUGUAAAAAACGAGUGCUACAGAAUUAACUGCUUGACCAACAGUCUGCCACCUGGGAAGAAGGACAACCUGUUGAGAAUCCUGUGCUUCAGUUCUCAAGGAGACUUUGUCCUCUCUCAUGUCUUCCUGUUUAGAAAUUUUCUCUUAUUUUUUAUUUACAAGUACCCAUCUAACUCUGAAUGAAUUUAUUUCUUAACGCUUUAGAGAUUGUAAGUUUGAAUGAAUUCAUAAAAGAGAAACUUCACUGAAAUGAAAAUUUUGUAGCUGGUUGAUUUCAAACUUUCCUGGUAUCCAGUCUGAAGUUUUAUUCAGUUGUAGUUUAAUACAUCAUCUGAUUAUUUUUAUUUUUUUUUUUUACUUUUUUUUCCCCAUUGAUCCCUUUGGUCAAGUGGCUUUUUGGCAUGUUCUUUGCCAUCUCGCUUCUGUAUUGGGGAGAAAAAGCUGGCAAGUUUUCCUGACUUCUCAGUAGCGGUUGUGCUUGUUUCCAGUGGAAAUGAUAACUCCUGUUUUAUUACAGGUUGCAAUCUUUCUGGUCUUCCAUUCUGUGGGGAGAGAGUACGUUGUUCUGCCGGAUUGUUGUGAUCUGUCCACUUCUAAUUGCCACUGUUUCCUGUGGAAACAAGAGCUCUUGAUUGAUGGCAACCUUAGUGCAACAAGCAGAAAAGUAUUUGCCUUUUUAAAGAAAAAAAACCCACCAAGUUUUAUAUUCAGAGUCUCCUCUAUAAUGUGCAGUUCAAUAAGAAAACGUCCUGGUUUGUAUCAGUUCUUCAAUUAUAAUUUCAUACAAGUAUACAUUCAGAUAAAUUAGUCCUAAACAGAUUGAUCUUGAGAAGUUUUUUUGAUUGGAAGUUGGAAAUGUUUCACGAGCUAUAUCACUGUGAAUCUUCAUAGAAAAAAUGUGCUUAAAAUUUUGCUUUCUAAAUCAUGAGGGAACUUGUAUGCAGUUAUUAAUAUUUACACAAAUUUAUCUUGGGCAAAGUUUCUCAGAGAGGUCUAAAAUAUAUUUGAAAACAUGAAUCAAGCAAGACCUUGGGUUUAUAUCUAGAGGGGUGACAAUGGACUCAAUUCUUAUUUAAAAAAAAAAAUAUAUGUGUGUAUAUAUCUAGUCUUAUGUAAUAUAAAUGGAAUUUUAAGAUUUUAUAUGUUUACAUUUUUAACUUCGGCUUUUCCUUUGUAUGAAGAGUUUGAAAAGCUUUAAAAUUGUGGAGUUGCAUCCCAAGGAAGGAACUCCUUUACAGGAAGUUAACGUUACUUUUUUAUCAUGCCUCGCAAAACGUUCAUCUCUUUCUGUUAGCGAGUGGAAGGUGCAGAACCCGAUCAUACGAAAAUGUAAGCCCUUGAAUCUGCAUUGGGGCAAUCACUGGGUAUCAAGAGCUGUGGACUUAAAAAUAUUGGUGAAUGUUCUCUGCUCUCCUCUAUGUUCAGACCUGCUGGUGCGCAGCGUUAGAGCCCACUAACAAACUCGGGGGAUCCAUCUGUGUAAGGCAUGGUGACUCACUCUGCAUAUAUCCUAAAAUGUCAUCUUUGGGACUUCCUACUUAAAAAGAUUGCAUGGCUUUCUCUGUGUCUAGUUUAAAGGACGCUUUUGGUGAGAAAGCAUUCCUUCCCUACUUAGUCGUGGAGUGGUCUGCAGUGGAAGGUGUUCUUUUGCAGUUUUGCAUAAGUUACUCUCUAGAAAAAUCGCACAGGAUAAAUGUAUGUACUAAAAGCUGUAAUUAGUUCUGAUUUGUAGGAAGAGAAUUCUAAACCUCUUGUGUAACAGCAAUAUGAAGUAGAUAAUGUUCUCUGUCCACACGCGGUCCGUUUCCAGCCAUUUAAGGAUGGAUGUCAGUAUUUCCCACGUAGAGGUAACGAUGUGCUAGCUGCUUCUCUCUUUAAUGAUUAAAAUGCGUUAAAGUAAUACAGUUGUAUUAAUUGGAUUUAACAGUGAUGUUACAGAAGCAUUUUGAGUAAAACAUACUUUUGAAGCAGUUUGUCUCUUGAGAAGAGGAGGUGGUGCAGUAUCGAGCCUUUGAUACGCACAUGAAGACUCCAGAUCGUCUGGGAGUUCAUUGGCAGGGUGCUGUGCGAGGAAAUAUAACCGCUGGUACCACUGUAAUCCGGCAUCACCACAUGAUAACGCAUGUGAACUGGAAAUACCGCAUUUGUGAUGCUAAGCAAUAAUUUUGUUGGCAGGAGCCAUGGUAAGAAAAUCACUAACCUACUUUUCAUAAGUUAUUUUGACUGUGUGAUUAAUAAUGAGUUUGGCAGUUGCAUGCUUCUAAAGAGAUAAAAAUCUAUCUUACUAAUAUUACCAAGUUCUGCUACCAAACACAUAUAAGGCAUUAAAUAUUUUUAUUGGGAAGCUCACCGGAGGUUUGGGUUUUUUCCAUCCAGCAAUCCCUUCCAUGCUCUCUUUGUUGUAAUGUACCUGUUGCGGCCUAACACCCUGUUUCUUUCUGCAAGAGCAGCUGUUGCAGCUGGCCGAGCUGUUGCUCAGGAGAUGGGAAGGGGUUGAGUAGCGAGUAGAAUGAUACAAUUUAAAGUGGAAGAGUCAACAAUCUAAAAAACAAAUAAACAAAAAAAGCCCCCACAAACCCAAACCCCGAAGAUGUAACUUUUGGCAAAUACCCUUUAUGGGCAUUUGUUGGCUGAGUCAAGUUUUGCUGUCCCAGUUAUCAGCGGUGCUUCUUCACAGGGAGA